CUUCCGGCCCCUGCUGAGUCAAUGUGGGGGCGGAUGGUCCUCUGCUUCCGGCAACUUUGUGUUUGAUGUGCACCACUCAGCGCCUACUGGGGCUGCGCAUCCGUCUCCUGUUUUGUGUUGUCCCUUUCUUGGCCGCUGUCAUUGUUGUGGUUGAUCUGCUUCCUUUCAUCACAUAUCAAUGGUCCACUUUGACGGCCCUGAACAGCUUUGUGUGAUGGUCUUCAUCUGGAGCCAAGCCCUUAUUUUAAGUGGGGGUGGAAGCGAAGGAAGCACCCGACCAUGCGCGAGCGCUCAGCCGGCUGGGGCUGCGAGUGGACCGGAGAGUGUUGCUUUUUUGUGGAGAUUGACGAAAGCGCCGCAAGUAUUACGCGGGGCUGGUGUAGGGCAACAGUCCUGCGUUCCGUAUGCGCGUCGUAGUUGUUGCCUUGCGAGAGCAAGGCCGUACACAACAUGUACAACUCUAUUGAGUUGUGGUUUGGUAAGCUGCUUGGCUAGGCUGAGAGCCUUCAGCUUCCCCGGUGCCAGAAUCGAAGCAGCAAUUCAAGGUUGUGGGGGUGCUGGAAGGUCUAUAAUUUUUUGAAUUGUUUUAUAAUCUCUAUCCAGUACCUCCGGUGAGUAAAACGCCAAAACUAGAGAAUAAAAACAAUCCCCAGGUUUGAGAGGGUCGCGAUGUUUUUGGUUUGCAUGUCAUGUUAGUAGCUGUGGGAUUGACUGGA